ACUCUCUUACCUCUGCUAACUGAUCCUCUUUGUUUGUCCGUGAAAAUCCAAAUCUUCUUAAUACAAAAAGACACCUUCUUCAUACACUUUCCCCUUUCAAAUCUAGAAACACCGAACCCUAAAAUCAACAACUCGAGGAAACAAAAUCUUUUAAAUUUCUCUAUUUUAGGUUUUCUGAUUAUCAACAUUUUCAUUCCAACUUUUUGGUAUUUUCUUUAUUAUACAGACUAGAUUUUGUUUGAAUACUAAGUGUGAAAGAAAGGAUUGUGAAUUAGGGUUUGUUGGUUUUGAAUUGAGUUUUUCGAGUAUGAGGUUGAUCGGUGGAGAAGAACAUAAAAGUAAUGAACAACCUGAGAAUGAAAAUGAAAGUAAUAAUGAACAGGAGGAGUUUACAUUAGGAUUAGGGUUACCUCAUCAAUCUACGAGACUUGUUGUUGGAUAUGCUUUAACUUCCAAGAAAACCAAGAGUUUUUUACAACCAAAGCUUGAGAAUCUGGCUAGGAACAAAGGUAUAGUCUUUGUUGCAAUUGACCAAAGCAGGCCACUUUCAGAUCAAGGUCCCUUUGACGUUAUUUUGCACAAGCUGUUUGGAAAGCAGUGGCGUCAAAUUCUUGAGGACUACCGGGAAAAGUAUCCAGAAGUUACAGUCCUUGAUCCUCCCAGUGCCAUAAAACAUGUUAGCAACCGCCAGUCCAUGCUUCAGGAUGUGACCAAUAUAAACUUGUGUGAUUGUCAUGGAAAAGUUGGUGUUCCAAAGCAGUUAGUUAUCACAGAAGAUCCAUUAUCGAUUCCUGAUGCUGUUACUGAAGCAGGAUUGGUAUUACCAUUAGUGUCAAAACCACUAAUUGUUGAUGGUAGUGCAAAAUCACAUCUAUUAUCACUUGCAUACGAUCAACUAUCUCUAUCAAAACUUGAUCCUCCCUUGGUUCUGCAGGAGUUCGUUAACCAUGGAGGUGUUGUCUUCAAGGUUUAUAUUGUUGGGGAAGCUAUAAAGGUUGUACGGCGUUUCUCUCUUCCCGACAUCAAUAAACUUGAGCUCUUAAACAAUGCUGGUGUGUUUCGUUUUCCAAGGGUAUCUUGUGCCGCUGCUUCUGCAGAUGAUGCAGAUCUGGACCCUAGUGUUGCUGAGCUUCCUCCACGACCUUUACUUGAGAAGCUGUCAAGGGAGCUGCGUCAACGGCUGGGUCUCCAACUGUUCAACAUAGAUAUGAUUCGAGAGCAUGGAACCAGAGACCAUUUCUACGUGAUUGAUAUUAACUACUUUCCUGGUUACGGGAAAAUGCCAGAAUACGAGCAUGUGUUCACUGAUUUCCUGCUGAGCCUGAUGGAGAAGAAGUACAAGGACUACCCUGGUAAUAAGUAGUUUUGAAGAGUUUUCAAGUGGAAAAGAAGUAAAAGAAAAAAAAAAGUUAAGAAAGAAAAAUGAUCAUAUGGGAGCAAUCCUACAACAAAAUUGACAUUUGUCAUGUCUCCCCCAAAAAAAUUAGUUUCGGGGCCAUCAUGUGUACAGCAGCGUGUUCACGAGGAUCUAGUGGUUGCAGCUGAAUGGUGGAUAGAACGGUCUCAAUGUUAACAUCUGUAAUUACUGACUGGCAUGAUGUGCCACAAGCUUCUCUCGUCUAUCAUGUACACACAUUUCUCUCUUGCUAGCUGUGCUGAUCUUAUUCCUCUGUUACGUUUUCAUAUCCUUUUGUUUGUGGUGGUGUUGGAGCUACUGCUAAUGGUGGUGGUCUUAGCUGCAAAAAGAGAACAUUACAUUUUUCAACUCAACUUAUGUGAAGUUGUUUCUAGUGUACUGGACACCUGUUAAACAGACCUUUUGAUUGACUGCAUUCUUAUACAGAAUUUUCUACUUUUUCAUAGAAAGAAUUUGUGUUGUUGAUUUCAUAUUCGGACUUGUUAUUUGUCAAAGAAUUGCUUGUUA